GCCUAUUAGCAUGUACAUUAGCAGUGUGUGAAUAGGGUUAAACUCCUUUGUUUAAGACCCCUUCAAUGUCGCGCAGUUGCCUUUGCCGGUCUUACCUGGCUGUCAGGCCUCUUCUUCAAAGUUCCUGCUCGGCUCUCGCUUCGUGUGACGCGCCUGGACGAGCUCUCGGCCUGAGGAGCACACGGUUAGCAUCGCGUUAGCAUGCUGUCCACAUAGCCAGUUAGCUAGCUAGCUAGAAAGAGGAAGUAGCUUUCAGAACAGCGCAACAAAACGCCGUUGGCAGUGGAAAUUAUGUCCGAAAUUGAAAAUAUCAAAAAAAAUGUUAGUACCCGUUGCUUUACAUUCUAGACCAAACCAAAAAACUGCAGUUUCUCACCUCCUUUAUGAAGCUCCGGAGUGACUCAUCCUCGCCGAUUCCACGCGAGAGCGUCCGCUUCUUCGGAGACCCACUGUUGUCCACAGUGACCGACAACAUGUUUCACCUUCUACACCUGCCGGGUUUGUGUUGGAGCCCCCGAGAUCAGAUGGCGGCGAGUGUCUCUCCCACGGGCCCCCACGCACACGCAGCAGGAACAGAAACAGCGUCCUUAACAAUGGCGACGCCCGGGCAAGUACGAGGAGCCACGAGGGACAAACCUUUCGAUCUCGCCCUGAAGAAGUUCAAGGUGUCACGGCCGUGGAAAAUUGACCCCGGGGGAGUUUUGAAAGAACAACAAGUUGCCGUCAUGUCGAGGUAUAACUUCUCGCUGUGCUUGAUGGUGCUCGCCUCCCUGGGACGGUCGGGGAGCGACGAGCCCAAUCUGCCGCUGCAGCCCCCCACGGACGCCGGGCCGUCGCUCCCGGACGAGGACGCCGGCGCCCACGAGUGCUCCGCCUGCGUGUGGCGGGAACAAAGCAAAGUGCUGCGGCUGGAGACCAUCAAGUCGCAGAUCCUCAGCAAGCUGCGCCUGAAGCAGGCGCCCAACAUCAGCCGCGAGGUGGUCAACCAGCUGCUGCCCAAGGCGCCGCCGCUCCAGCAGCUGCUGGACCACCACGACUUCCAGGGCGACGCCGCGUCCCAGGACGAGUUCAUGGAGGAGGACGAGUACCACGCCACCACGGAGUCCGUCAUCACCAUGGCGUCUGAGCCGGAGUCCAUGGUGCAGGUGAACGGCAAACCCAGCUGCUGCUUCUUCAAGUUCAGCCCCAAACUGAUGUUCACCAAGGUGCUGAAGGCCCAGCUGUGGGUGUACCUGCGCCCGCUGCAGCAGACCUCCACCGUCUACCUGCAGAUCCUGCGGCUCAAGCCCAUCACGGAGCAGGGCAGCCGCCACAUCCGCAUCCGCUCCCUGAAGAUCGAGCUCAACUCCCGGGUGGGCCACUGGCAGAGCAUCGACUUCAAGCAUGUGCUGCAGAACUGGUUCAAGCAACCGCACACCAACUGGGGGAUCGACAUCAACGCCUUCGACGAGAGCGGCAACGACCUGGCUGUUACCUCGCUGCGACCCGGGGAGGAGGGGCUGCAGCCGUUCCUGGAAGUGAAGGUUCUGGAGACGACCAAACGCUCUCGGAGGAACCUGGGCCUGGACUGCGAUGAGCACUCCACCGAGUCCCGCUGCUGUCGCUACCCUCUGACGGUGGACUUCGAGGCCUUCGGCUGGGACUGGAUCAUCGCGCCCAAGCGCUACAAAGCCAACUACUGCUCGGGCCAGUGCGAGUACAUGUUCAUGCAGAAGUACCCGCACACUCACCUGGUGCAGCACGCCAAUCCCCGGGGCUCGGCGGGGCCCUGCUGCACCCCGACCAAGAUGUCGCCCAUCAACAUGCUGUACUUCAACGACAAGCAGCAGAUCAUCCACGGCAAGAUUCCCGGCAUGGUGGUGGAUCGAUGUGGUUGCUCUUAAGCUGCAAGGACGACACGCUUGUGCACGUUCACCAUUCCAUCAAAACACACAAAACCCAAACGAAGCCGUCCCCUGGCACAAGAACACACUACUUGGCACAAGAUUUCACACACACACACACACACUCACACACACACACAUGUCCUUGAUUCCAGCUUGUAAAAGUUCAAUCGAAACGAGGGACUGAGCCAAGGAAUUACGAAGUGAACGUGAGGAGCUUCAGAAGUAAGUUUUUAUGAAUCGUCCACGUCAGCGGACGGAGAUGACAUUUCAAGCUUGGUCUGUCCUGAGGGCACCAAGACCUGUUGGACACGACUCUAUGUCACAUACUCUUACUCGCAGGUGAGCCACAGAACAAAACGCUUCGAGCAAAAUCCACAGCAACUCGUAGAAAUGCAGUGAAAUGUUGUUUACAGACGUUUUCAAACGUGAUGCGGCGAGGAGAUCCAAAAACCAAACCCCUAAUGUUUAACGCCCUGGCGUGACCUUCUCGCGUAUCUACAAACCCUUUUCACUGCCGCUUUGAUCUCUUUCAUUUGGAGUCUUGUGAAAACUCCAAACACUGCUAUUUGUGCUAAAGCAGCUGCUCGGCUUCGCUUGUACACUUGAGCCCAAAGUCGUCAGAUCCCGAAUAUUUCAUUGUUGUACUUUUAUCUUUUAGCUGGGAGAAAGUGGAGAAGACUGACUUCUGUCAAGUUCUCUGAAUGAAUCCGGCAAUCAUUUCCUGUAAUAUCAAUUAGUUUUGGAGUUAUCGGUACAUAACUAACUGUAUUUAAACGCCCAUCACCAGACUCGUUAUGGCGCCCACCAAGAAUUUCCUGUAAUAUCAAUUAGUUUUGGAGUAAUCGGUACAUAACUAACUGUAUUUGAACACCCAUCACCAAACUCGUUAUGGCGCCCACCAAGAAUUUCCUGUAAUAUUAACUAGUUUUGGAGUAAUCGGUAGAUAACUAACUGUAUUUGAACGCCCAUCACCAGACUUGUUUUGGCGCCCAUCAAGAAUUUCCUGUAAUAUUAAUUAGUUUUUGAGUAAUCGGUACAUAACUAACUGUAUUUGAACACCCAUCACCAGACUCGUUAUGUCGCCCACCAAGAAUUUCCUAGAAAUAGUCAGCAUUUUUUGCCACUUUUUGUCAUUUCCAGCUAAAGAAAAAUAUUUUCAUGUAAAAAAGCAAACAAAAAAAUUCACUUUAAUCCUUAGAAUGUUGCUAGUUUAUGAAUACUUUGCAGCCUAAGUGUACAUUGGGAAGGUGAGCAAGAAUCAAAACAGAGAAAUUCCCGAUAAUGUUAAUAAGAGUCAUUGAUGUAAAUAAAAAACGUAUAAAAGUUCAUGGCUGACGAAUAAAACGUGCGCUGCAGUGUUCAUAUUUCAGUUGAUUUGCUCAAAUACUCACAGCUUCCAAUGCAAAAGAGAACGUUCUUCACGCCGCUAACUGUCGUUAGGAAGCCUAUUGGAAGAAGUCUCUCCGACCCACGUCCCAUUCCUAAAGACGUGACAUUGGAGGAAGUCUCUCCGACCCACGUCCCAUUCCUAAAGACGUGAUAUCGGAAGAAGUCUCUCUGACCCACGUCCCAUUCCUAAAGACGUGAUAUCGGAAGAAGUCUCUCUGACCCACGUCCCUUUCCUAAAGACGUGAUAUUGGAACAAGUCUCUCCGACCCACGUCCCGUUCCUAAAGACGUGAUAUUGGAACAAGUCUCUCCGACCCACGUCCCGUUCCUAAAGACGUGAUAUUGGAACAAGUCUCUCCGACCCACGUCCUGUUCCUACAGACGUGAUAUUGGAAGAAGCGACCCAUGUACCGUUCCUAAAGACGUGAUAUUGGAAGAAGCGACCCAUGUACCGUUCCUAAAGACGUGAUAUUGGAACAAGUCUCUCCGACCCACGUCCCGUUCCUAAAGACGUGAUAUUGGAACAAGUCUCUCCGACCCACGUCCUGUUCCUACAGACGUGAUAUUGGAAGAAGCGACCCAUGUACCGUUCCUAAAGACGUGAUAUUGGAAGAAGCGACCCAUGUACCGUUCCUAAAGACGUGAUAUUGUCAGUGCUUGAGUACAGUAGAGGUUAGUCAAGUCAAAGUGUGUCUUUGUCUCCUGGAUGUCCGAGCAGAGACGUCCAUUUGUUGUAAACGAAAGCACUAUGCUGUUGGAUAAAGGAAGAGCCUUCUGACAUUAUUAUAUAUAUAAAUGAUAUAUGUAUAUAUUUCAAGAAAAAAGGAGUACAAAAAACUUUUUUUGGGGGGGGCACUCGACCUUACCAACAAUAAAUUUUGCACUAUGGCAUGAGGAGGUAAAGUGUUGUUUGUGUGUGAGCUUGUACAGUAGCCCAGACUCUGCAAGCGUUCACACCAACUAGCGAGCUUAGCACGCCGUCUUUGGUGCAUCACACUUUUCCUGACUUUUGUCCGAAGCGGGGACCUGUCCACACAUACUGUGCAAGAAAUUACAAGACGAGUUCCCUUUCACACACCAAUUUAAGGCCCUGGAAGUUUUCACAGAGUUAAACAUUUUUUUUACCCUUUAUGAGAUUUUUUUUAUUAGCAGCAUAUGCUACAAUCGUCAAAAUUCUGAAAACAUUUAGGGACGCGGUCUUAAAAUACGGCGAAUCUACAGAAUACGGUGGUACCUCGCUUGUCACUAGUAAUUUGCUUCAAAAGGUCAAACAUAAACCAAAUCGUGUCGAUCCAUUUCAUUCGUCUUAGACGUCCAAAAAUAAAAACACAAAACACAUUUUAUAGAGAGAAAUUCCUAAAA